AUGAAUGAGGAGGAUCGAAAAUAUGUGGAUGGAUGUGCAAUUUUCUGGAAAUCGGAGAAAUUCGAAAUGGAACGAGAACAUCUGAUUGAAUUUACUCAAUUGGUUGUCAAGAAGGCCUCUACAUCUGAACAUAUGCUCAACAGGGUGAUGCCACGGGAUAACAUCGCGCUUUGUGCAGUUCUGCGCAUCAAGGAAAAUGUUUACAACAAUCGACGGAUGACAAUGGCUGCUGCAGACAACGUUGUGGGUUCACCUCUUGUUGUUUGCGCCGCUCAUAUUCAUUGGGAUCCUGAACUGUGCGAUGUCAAGUUGGUUCAAACAAUGAUGCUUGCCCAUGAACUAUUCAGGCUUCUCGAGGAGGUCAUACAAGCAAGUCACAUUUACUUCAACCUACUCUUGUUAGCAUGUACUUUCUAG